AUGACCAGUGCCACCUUACCUUUAAUCCCUGUACCUUCAGAAAGGGGAAAGUUUUAUCUGAUUAUUGAGGAGCUGAGCCAGCUCUUCCGCUCCCUUGUCCCCAUCCAGCUAUGGUAUAAAUACAUCAUGGGAGAUGAUCCAUCCAGCAGCUACUUUCUGGGGGGGAUCCUGAUCAUCCUGUACAGCCUCUGCAAGUCUUUUGACAUCUGUGGUCGUGUGGGAAGUGUCCGGAAGGCACUGAAGGUCCUUUGCACCCCACAGACCUAUGGAGUUCGUGCUACCAGCCAGCAGUGCAGCGAGGCAGGUGACAUCUGUGCCAUUUGCCAAGCAGAAUUCCGGGAACCUUUGAUCCUUAUGUGCCAGCAUGUGUUUUGUGAAGAAUGCCUCUGCCUCUGGUUUGACAGGGAGAAGACCUGUCCUCUCUGUCGUUCUGUCACAGUAGAAACCCUGCGUUGCUGGAAAGAUGGCACCACCUCUGCUCAUUUCCAGGUGUAUUAA